GCUCCAUCUCGCGAACCUUGAGAUCAUGACUUGAGCAGACGUCGAGCCCCAGGCUUAACCAACUGAGACGCCCAGGCGCCGGGAGGUCCUCUUUUGACCGGGAGCAAGGUGAAAGCUCUAAUGGGAACUUGGAACCAGGAAAAUUUGGCAGUCUUGACAAAAUUGGUUACUAAUUGAAAGACCUUUGCAGGCUCCGCCCCCAGCGUCCCGUGGCCAUGACGACCGCCCAGCGGGACGCCCUGGUGUGGAAGCUCGCCGGGCUGCUGCGGGAGUCUGGUGAUGUGGUCCUGUCUGGCCGUAGCACUCUGAGCCUGUUGACUGGCACCCUGCAGCAGCUGAGCCACGUAUUUGAGCUGCACCUGGGACCAUGGGGCCCUGGCCAGACAGGCUUUGUGGCUCUGCCCUCUCAUCCCGCCGACUCCCCUGUCAUCCUCCAGCUUCAGUUCCUCUUCGAUGUGCUGCAGAAAACUCUUUCACUCAAGCUGGUACAUGUCCCUGGUUCUGGCCUCCCAGGGCCCAUCAAGAUUUUUCCCUUCAAGUCCCUUCGGCAUCUGGAGCUCCGAGGUGUCCCCAUCCAUUGCCUUUGUGGCCUCUGUGGCAUCUACUCCCAGCUAGAGACCCUGAUUUGCAGCAGGAGCAUCCAGGCAUUAGAGGAGCUCCUCUCAGCCUGCGGUGGUGACCUCUGCUCUGCCCUGCCUUGGCUGGCUCUACUCUCUGCCAACUUCAGCUACAACGCACUGACUUCUUUAGACAGCUCCCUGCGUCUCUUGUCAGCUCUGCGCUUCCUGAAUCUGAGCCACAAUCAAGUGCAGGACUGUGAGGGCUUCCUGAUGGACUUGUCUGAGCUCUGCCAUCUGGACAUCUCCUAUAACCACCUGCAUAUGGUGCCAAGAAUAGGACCCUCAGGGGCCGCUCUGGGGACCCUGAUACUGCGAGGCAAUGAGCUCCGGAGCCUGCAGGGCCUGGAGCGGCUGAGGAACCUGCGGCACCUGGAUGUGGCGUACAACCUGCUAGAAGGACACAGGGAGCUGUCCCCGUUGUGGCUACUGGCUGAGCUCCGCAAGCUCUACCUGGAGGGGAACCCUUUGUGGUUCCACCCUGCGCAUCGGGCGGUCACUGCCCAGUACUUGUCACCCCGUGUCAGGGAUGCUGCAGCAGGCUUCCUUCUCGACGGGAAAGUCUUGUCACUGACUGACUUUCAGCUCUCCACAUCCUCCAGCUCCAUGGCUCCACCUGUGCUCUGGCCAGCAGGGAGUACUGUUGAAACCUCAGGUGGCCCUGACUUGAGCGACAGCAUCUCCUCUGGGGGCGUUGUGGCCCAGCCCCCACAUCGUAAGGUUAAGAGCCGAGUCCGUGUGAGGCGAGCAAGUAUCUCGGAACCCAGUGAUACAGACCCAGAGCCCCGUACUCUGGACCCCUCCCCGGCUGGGCAGUUUGUGCAGCAGCAUCGGGAACUUGAACUCAUGAACAGCUUCCGGGAACGGUUUGGCUGUGACUGGCUACAGUAUAGGAAUCACCUGGAGACCUCUGGGACCCCGGUUCUGGCUGCCUCCCAGACCCCUGCCCUCAGCACUCUGUGCCCAGACACCCUGAGCCCAGGGUCUGUGCCUGGGCCUCCCUGCCCAGAGAAGGAGUCACCGCAGGAAAUGGCAGAGGAGGUCAGGCUACGGCCGGAGCCCCGGGAAGAAGAGGUGGUGGAGGAGCUGGUGAAGGAGGAAGAAGGAAAGGAGGAAGAAGAGGAGGAGGAGCAGGAGCGGAAUGAAGUGGAGGCGGAACUGUGUCGCCCCAUGUUGGUGUGUCCCCUGGAGGGGCCUGAGGGCGUGCGGGGCAGGGAAUGCUUUCUCCGGGUCACUUCUGGCCACCUGUUUGAGGUGGAACUCCAAGCGGCCCGGACCCUGGCACGGCUGGAGCUCCAGAGUCUAGAGGCGGCUGAGGUGGAGCCCGAGCCUCGGACCGGCAGAGAAGCGGUGCUCGAGGGCUCAGAUCCGCUCCCCAGGGCCCCUGUCCUUGUUCUGCGUUUCUCCUAUAUUUGCCCUGACCGGCAGCUGCGUCGAUAUGUGGUGCUGGAGCCCGAUGCCCAUGCAGCUAUCCAGGAGCUGCUUGCCGUGUUGACCCAAGCAGCCACCACGGCUCAGUGUCAGCUUGGGGAAGCAAGAGACCCGCUGAGGGGCAGACUCCAGUGUCUACGUUGUGGCCAUGAGUUCAAGCCAGAGGAGCCCAGGUUGGGAUUAGACAGUGAGGAAGGCUGGAGGCCUCUGUUCCAAGAGACAGAAUCUCCUGCUGUAUGUCCAAACUGUGGUAGCGAUCAUGUGGUUCUCCUGGCUCUGUCCCUGGGAACCACCAACAGGGAGCAUAGGGAGGGAGAGCAAUCGCCAGCUCCCUUGCAGUCCACCAGCACUGUCUGUGACCCUUCUGACCACAGUGACCACCGCGACAGGGCCGACCCGGCCCCAUCUCAGGCACCAGGCUCCCUAGAUCACCACAGUUGGAGCCUCAGUCCCCCCCCUGAGCGCCACGGCCUCCGCUCCGUGGACCACCGACUCCGGCUCUUCCUGGAUGUUGAGGUGUUCACCGAUGCCCAGGAGGAGUUCCAGUGCUGCACCAAGGUGCCCGUCGUGUUGGCAGGCCACCCUGGGGAGUUUGUGUGUCUUGUGGUGGUGUCUGACCACAGGCUUUACAUGUUAAAAGUGACAGGGGAGAUAAGCGGGCCUCCGGCUAGCUGGCUACAGCCAACCCUGGCCGUCCCCCUGCACGACCUGAGUGGCCUCGAACUGGGGCUGGCAGGACAGAGUCUGCGGCUGGAGUGGGCUGCCGGGACAGGCAGCUGUGUCCUGCUGCCCCGAGAUGCCAGACAUUGCCGGGCUUUCCUAGACGAGCUCACCGAUGUCUUGCAGGCUCUGCCUCCUGCCUGGAGGAGCAGUGUCAGUGCCACAGAGGAGGAGGUAACCCCGGAGCACCGCCUCUGGCCUUUGCUGGAGAGGGGCUCUUCCUCGGAGCCUCCCCUGUUCUUCUACCUUCGGGUGUUCCUGGUCGAAGGUCCUGCAACCUGCCCUGUGUCCCUGUUGAUGACUCUGUCCACCCUGUACCUGUUAGAGGAGGACGUGGCAGGGUCCCAGGCAGAGCCUCCUCUUCCAGCACCAUCUGGUGAAGCUUCUGAGAAGUCCCUGCCCUUGGGGCUGGGCCCUUCUGUGCAUGUCAGGGAGCAGUGGCCACUCAGCAGCCUGAGCUCGGUGCUGCUGUAUCGCACGGCCCCGGGGGACCUGCGACUGGUCUUCUAUGACGAGGUGUCCCGGCUGGAGAGUUUUUGGGCACUUCGGGUUGUGUGUCCUGAGCAGCUGACGGCCCUGUUGGCCUGGAUCCGGGAGCCCUGGGAGGAGUUGUUUUCCAUCGGACUCCGGACUGUGACCCAGGAGGCUCUAGAUCUUGACCGGUGAGGCUUCCUUGCCGACCCCGCUUUGGCCUUAGGAGCCACGGCUGCAGACUGUCUCUCCAGACUCUGGCUGUGGACUUCUCCAGCCUUUGGACGCUCAGUGAGGCCCCAGAAUGACCCAGGAAAGGGUCAUCUCACCCAAGGGAAGGGUGAGAGAAGUUGCCUGGCCUGGUCUGGCCCAAGGGGUCAAGCUAAGUGGUCAGUAGGAACGUGUCUCCUGCACAGUGUCUCAGGUAUCAAUAAAUUGUUUCCAUUCCAGAGGC